ACACGCUGUCAGUUGUGUUGUCAUUUUGUUUUCAUGCGAACGUAUGUUGGAGAUGGAUUUAAUGUUUUUAAACAAUUAAAACUUUAAAAAUGGGGAACGCUGACACAAAAUUAAACUUUAGAAAAGCUGUCGUCCAGCUUACUUCUAAGACACAGCCUAUUGACGCGUCAGAUGAUAGUUUCUGGGAUCAAUUCUGGUCGGAGAGCGUCACGAACGUGCAAGAUGUGUUCGCGCUAGUACCGGGGGCGGAGAUCCGAGCGUUGCGAGAGGAGUCUCCGAACAACCUGGCCACACUUGUUUACAAGGCUGUUGAGAAGCUGGUGAAGUGUGUAGACAGCAGCUGCAGAACGCAGAGGGAACAGCAGACCGCCCUGAAUUGCGCGCGGCUACUGACGCGGGUGCUCCCGUACAUGUUCGAGGAGCCUGAGUGGCACAGUUUCUUCUGGUCCUCACUGCCGGCCGCGGCUGAGAACGAGUCCGUGCCGCUCGCGCAGUCGCUCAUCAACGCUAUCUGCGACUUGUUAUUCUGCCCCGACUUCACAGUGGCCAGCACAAAGAGAUCAGGGCCAGAGCGCGCAGAAGAGUUAUCGCAGCUGGACAGCUGCGAGUACAUCUGGGCGGGCGGCGUGGGGUUCGCUCGCGCCCCGCCGCGGCUGGCGGCGCACGAGGCGGCGCGCGGGGAGCUGCUGCGGCUGCUGCUGACGGCCUGCAGCGAGACCAUCUACACGCCGCCGCACCACGCCGGCAGGGGCUACCAUCACAACAAGUGGAUCGCGUACCUGACGAGCCCUGAGAACCGUCACGCGCUACCCCUGUUCACGUCUUUACUGAACACGGUGUGCUCGUACGACCCGGUCGGACUCGGCCUGCCAUACAACCACCUGCUGUUCCAGGAUACCCUUGAGCCACUUGUCGAGGUGGCGUUACAAAUACUGAUAGUGACACUAGACCACGACACCAGCACUGCUGCCAAUGAGGAAACUGACGAGAACCUGCCGGACAACCUGUUCAUCAACUACCUGUCCCGCAUCCACCGCGACGAGGACUUCCAGCUGAUCCUGCGCGGCGUCACGCGGCUGCUCAACAACCCGCUGCAGCAGACCUACCUGCCCAACUCCAACAAGAAGGUCCUCUUACACCAGGAGCUGUUGGUGCUCUUCUGGAAGAUGUGCGAUUAUAACAAGAAAUUCAUGUACUACGUGUUGAAGAGCAGCGACGUGCUGGAGGUGCUGGUGCCUAUACUGUACCACCUAAACGACUCCAGAGCAGAUCAGUCCCGCGUCGGCCUGAUGCACAUCGGCGUGUUCAUCCUCCUGUUGCUGUCGGGGGAGCGUAACUUCGGCGUCCGCCUCAACAAGCCGUACACCGCCACCAUUCCCAUGGACAUCCCAGUGUUCACUGGCACGCACGCUGACUUGCUGGUGGUCGUGUUCCACAAGAUUGUCACCACUGGCCAUCAAAGAUUGCAGCCGCUGUUCGACUGCCUUCUCACCGUGUUGGUUAAUGUGUCCCCGUACCUGAAGACCCUGUCGAUGGUGUCCGCCACCAAGCUGCUGCACCUGGUGGAGGCGUUCAGCACGCCGUGGUUCCUGUUCGCGCGGCCGCACCACCACCAUCUCGUCUUCCUGCUGCUCGAGAUGUUCAACAACAUCAUACAGUACCAGUUCGAUGGUAAUUCGAACCUGGUGUACACGAUAAUCCGCAAACGCGGCGUGUUCCACAACCUCGCCAACCUGCCGCACGAGCACGCCGCCAUCGCGCGCUCCAUGCAGCAGGGCAAGGGCAAGCACACGCCCACCGCCAGCUCCAGCCUGCCCAGGACGACGUCCGCGGAGUCCGUGUCGGAGGCCGUGAUGGAGGGCUCGCGGCCCGCGCUGCCCGCCGAGCCCGGCACGCUCAACCCCACGCUGCCCGACACGCCAGCGAUAGCGGCGAUGACGGAGCGCGAGUCAGCGCACCCCCCCUCCACCGUCCCGGCCGAGGCGCUGCUGCCCGCCCGCAGCGGCGGCGACGGCGAGGACCACGCCGCAGACGACCACGGCGGGGACACGCACACCGUCACACAUAGAGAGUCCAUCAAGCUGUCGGGUGGCGAGCGCCCCCCGGUGCCGGAGACGGAGGCGGGCGCGGCGUGGCGGCCCAGCAGCGAGUGGGUGGCCUCGUGGCGCAGCAAGUUGCCGCUGCAGACCAUCAUGCGACUGCUGCAGGUGCUCGUGCCGCAGGUCGAGAAGAUCUGCAUCGACAAGGGUUUGACAGACGAGUCUGAGAUCCUGCGGUUCCUGCAGCACGGCACGCUGGUGGGCCUGCUGCCCGUGCCGCACCCCAUCCUCAUCCGCAAGUACCAGGCCAACGCCGGCACCGCCGCCUGGUUCCGUACUUACAUGUGGGGCGUCAUCUACAUACGUAAUGUGGACCCUCCGAUCUGGUAUGAUACCGACGUGAAGUUGUUCGAGAUCCAGCGGGUGUGAGCCGCCACCGACCACUAGCGACCAUCGACCACCGACCACCGACCGACCUACGCGUACAUGGGUACACCCUCGGACACCGGAAGCCAACAACAUUACCGGUAACGCAAAAAUAUCCAAGAAUCUUUGGUCGUUUUGCAAAUAUCCAGUUAGACUCAGGCGAGCAUGUAUGAAGUCUUUGAUGAGAGUGGAUGAAGCGAAAGUGGUGUGUCUAGAUAGUAGUAAGUGGAAUUGGGUAGUAACCUAGGUCAAAGAUAAGUUAUGAAAUUCUGAUUACUAAAUAAAAACAGAUCUAAAACUGACAAAAAACAUUUCUUUAUUCUAUUCUAUUUAACUUACUUAUAAAUGACUAAAAUUGUUUAUUUCGGAUCAAAAAAUUACAUCCAUAUUAUGUUAGUGAGAAGUGACUUAUGAAACUAUUGUUAGUAAUGUAAUUAUAUUUUGCACGCAUUCAUGACCAUCACGAGAACGGGUAAGUUCCCGUGAUCGUCACUCUACGCACAAAACAUCUCCAAAGCGGCGAUGUGUAUCGGUCAGCUAUGUGUCUUCAGAAUGCUGUUGGGGCUGUUUAUGAAUUUCAAUAAAGAAAUAUGUAAUAAUAAGUGCGACAUUUUGUCACGUUUUUCUACACAGGUUGCUUUUUCAUACAAAUUCCUUAGUAAUUUCCUGUUUUGACGUUUAGUAAAAAGUAACUGAUUUGACUGGUUGGAAACUACCCUAUUCCGUGGUUUCUGCCCACCCACAACGGGAAAUAGGCGUGAUCUCAAGUAUGUAUCUAUGUGGAACUUAUAAAAGUUGGCGACAGACAUAAGUUGUAACUGGAUAUUAGCAAAAAGACAAUAGAUUUUAGCAUGGUGUAAGAAAACCAGGUAUGCUCAAAAGUGACAGCUAACAUUUCAAGGUUAGCCCAGCUGACGUCAUCCCACCCUGCGUUGACAUUUCGUAAAAAAAUAAACUACCCACGACCAAUGUUUUUCGUUUACUUUGCAAGGAAAUUUUGAACUUUUAGUAAAAGAUUUACUUACAGUUUUAUUAUUAUUUUUUUAUAUGAAAAGUAGUAGUAAUUAAAUACAUUAGUCAGUAAUUAACUCAAAUAUUUAUAAUUUCUGUUCAUUUUGUGAAUAUUAGGAAUAUAAAUUAUGCUUAAGAAAAAACAUAAUUAAAUCCACCAUAGGCUUCGUCAAAAAGGAACUAAAAACAAGAAUAAACCAGAAAUCCACAAAUGUUUCGUCAAAAUACAAACCGAAAUCAGCAACAAGCUUCGUCAUAAUAACUAACUAACUUAAUCGUAAUUAACUUAAUUUUUAAUAAUAACGUCCUUGGAAUGUUGGAGAUACCAAUUUUAUGGUAACACUUAUGUGACACGUCAUUAAACUGCUAGCAAUGGCGGCUUUUCAUACAAUUGAGUGUACUUGGUUUUGUUAUACCAUUGAUUUUAGGAUAUUUUUGCCUUCACGGUAAUAACAUUGUCUUCGGGAGUUCAAAGAACUACUCACCUACCCUUCUUAGGGCGUGAAGAAGCCGUUCACAAGUACUGUCUUGAUAUUUUACUAUUUCUAGUGUAAGAGCGCUUUGAAGGUACGUAUUUGCGCUAACCGUUCUUAUCAAUACACGUUUCGCGGGAAUUUUUUUAAUACAAAAGUGGUAUUCAUUAGGUAAAUGAGCGCCAGAAUAUCCGAUUAUUAAUAAUAACACCCGUUACAUAUGGUACAGUCAUGAGCAAUAUCAUGUACCCACUUUAGAACCCUGUCGAAUUAUCAUAUUUGACAUUUAACGAGACUUAUUGCUUGAUUUGUCAAAAAAGUUAAUGUGACAUGGUUUCAAAGUGUACCGUACAUUACAGGUAACGCUAUGAACGGCUACCAAAUGCCCAAGCUCUUAGUUAAGAAUGCCUUAUCCUUCAACUGUCUGUAAUCUCGUACUGAACAACAUUUUUUUCAUCAUCACUAAUUUAAGUGUCAGUGUAGCAUUAUCCAUACUCCUUUUUUAUGGAAAAAUAUGGAAGGUUUCUCUCUUGCAUUCCGCAGUACUCUGUCUGACGCGAUGCCGCCCAGAGUAGUCUAUUUCAAAGCCGUACUAGGACUUCUGUCCUCCGCCUCUGAAUAGUACUGACAGUUACGUCUGCCCUCUGUGAGGUUCCAGGUUACAGUCCCAGGUAAUUUUUCUUUUACUUACAUUGAAUUAAUUGGAUUGUCAAUGUUACUGAUUCCUACCUAAUUUUAUUUUAAGUUAUACCUGUCAUUUUCUUAUACGCUGUAAAGAAAAGAGACAGGUAAUCGACAGGCAUAUUUAUUGAACACACGUCAAUUUUAGGCAGAAAUGUAAACAACCCUCUCAAAAUGUUACAUUGGUUGCAUAUGAGCUAUUUUAUUUGCCCUGGUUAUUCAUUCAUUUUUAAAUUAACAGUUGUCAAUCAUCCGUCUCUUUUCUUUUCGGCGGAUAAGAAAAUAACGGGUAUAACUUAAAAUAAAAUUAGGUGUCUGCAGGAAUCGGGGCCAUUAUUAUUAUUAUUUUUAAUAAAAAACUCAAUAAUAACCUUGACACCAGGGUUGAUGGGGUUGGUAAUGCACCUCACAACCCACACGAUAAAAGAAGAAUAAAAAAAAUUUUGCUAAUUAGAUUCUUAAAAAAACCCCAGUCAAAUGCAGCUCGACUACAGCACUCACUUAUCAUUAUACCAGCCGAUUGUAUUGCUAUUUGAUUCUAUGUCGCCAUUUUGGAAAAGUCCAAAAUGUUGUUAGUACGAGAUUUUACUUACCUCUUUUUUACGCCUUCGAGUAUUCCAAUGUCCACUGUAAUUACGCAUUUUAGAUCACAAUCGUUCCUUCAAUAGAUUAUUUACAAUACAACAACUAUAUAAGGUAGAAAUUACAUCGAAAGUUACCAAAGGUGUUUGCAUUUAGUACCACAUGACAUAAGAUAGUAAAUGAUAGUACGUAAGUUAUGUAUUGGCGAUGUAAUUUCUAUGUAAAAUGUUAACUCGGAGCAAUGUGCAUUUGUACUUUUUUCUAGUUUCAAUGAAGGGGGGAGUGUUCUUAAAUUUCGUCAGUUCCCCAUACUAUUUGAGUAAACAAACGUAUUGUUUUGGUUAAAUUUUUACACUAUAACCAUUUGCGCAGCGUUUAACUGCGAAAUCAUAGUGUUAUAUUUCCUUUUUUCCAACUGAUGGCUUUUCUUUUUCGUAACUUAUCUUUCAAACGGGAUACACUCCACGUUGCUCCAUAAUUAUUUUAUAGCAGUUUAUCACGAAUUUUAGCUGGACAGUAUGGAGAACUGUCAAAAUUUAGGAACACUCAACAGUGCUGCCACCUACAUUUGAGCUUAUAGUUUUUAUCCUCAUUAUGAUCGGCCGAUAUCGAGAGUUUAAAUGGACUGAUGGUGAAUCUUAUUGUCUCAAAGACCAAAUGAUUUUCGUUUAUUUAAAUGUCACUUUCCCCGAUAUCAUAGAAUAAAGAAAAUACUACGUAUAGAAUGGACACCUCCGCCCCGCACGAAUUCAUAUCGUUGCCGACCUUUCCCAGUAAAUCAAAGUCAAAAUUAAUAUGUUUCUUCUUUUUUAUCAGUUAUUUCAAUAUGCCUGUGACUUAUCUUACUAGAAAACAGUAUUUAAAAGACAAAGUGAGAUUUUCUAUGAUAAGCAUUAUAUUUCGUAUUAAUUCUGAGGCUGCGCCUACAACAAAACGGUUAUAAAGCAUUUUAUAUUAGCACAUUACUCCAAAUUCAAUCAGGGAUGCUGGUUUGAAAGGCUUUACAUACAAAAGAAGUUACCGUUAGGGCGUUAUCACACAACUCCGGUUCUUAUGCGAUUUAAAUCCGUCAGAUAUGACGGUAAAAAAGUGGUCGUUACAUAAAUGGAAAUAUAUAGAUCUGCAAAAAUGGAAAAAUAAUUCUGCUUUCGCAGCUAGUUACAAAACAGUGAAAGAAAAAUCUCCAGAGAAACCAGUUGAACCAGUUGGUUAGUUAAAUCUAGUUACCAACGUGGACGAAGAGCGUAGAACUUAGAACUAUUUGUGUGAUAGUACGCACGCACUAAGUAUAUCCGAUAUCUAGGCAGAUUUCAAUAAUCCAUCUAUCCAUGGUUUUCGCUUUCUAAAACAAACUAAAUCUAAGAAACAACCUGACAAGACUUCGGUUUCGGGUUGGUAAGAAUAUUAUAAUAAAAAUAUAAUUUAUAUAUAUUAUGACUUGGCUGUAUGGGCUAUGUUCCCUUUGCCUGUCUUGUGGAUAAUAUAACAAAUAAACCAUGGAUAUUUUCUACUAUCCGUCUUUCUUGGACUCGGCUCGGAUAAGAAUCUUAUAUCGUUGUUGCCAAUUUAAAAUCUAUUAUGUGCAAUCGGUAAAAUUUUACAGAAAUUGAAAAAACGUCCGCCUGAAUUUUUUUUGUAUGAUUGUGUGUUAAAAAUAUUUUUAAUUUAUAUUUACGUACAUAAGAGUUUGUACUGAAUGUUUUAGGAGCAAAAUACUAUUCGGUCCUGACAAAAAAGAAAUUUGAUGAGGGCAACACAUAAGAGCUUUUAAAUUGGCAGCGACUAUAUAGCGUGAAAACGCCCUUACAUUCGAUAUAGCAAUCAUCACGCCCUGCGGGCUAAGCACGCGACUCUUUCUCGCCGCAACAGAGAUCAUCUGUCUCUUUCUGUGCAGUACUAUGAGAGAGUGACAUAUGCCGAAGCGAGAAAGAGUCGCGCGCUUACGGUGCUAAGCCCGCUGAUGUGUUUGGUUUACGAUAUUUUUGUUUUUUUUUUGUUUUCAAGUACAGCGACACUAAUUGUUUUGUAGCAGGAGCAAGCCCUAAAUAUAUUUGAAUUUUAUUCCAUCAAAAAAUUGGUUAUACGUAAAAAUGUUAUUCAUUAAGAUUAAUUUUACAAUGGUGCUGAUUUCAGUACACACUGUCUAAUUUUAUUCUAAGUUAUACCUGUCAUUUUCUUAUGUGUCGAAAGGAAAGGGAUGGGUAAUCGACAGACAUAUUUAUGGAACACACGUCAAUUUUAGACAGGAAUUUAAAAAUCGCUCGCCAAAUUUUACAUUGGCAAUAACCCGACACAAUUAACUUGCUGCACACGUCAAACAGGUUGCAUACUAAUGAGCUGCCUACUUGAGUCGCCCGGGUUAUUCGUUCAUUCACUUAUUUGUUUUAAAAUUAGCAGCUGUCAAUCAUCCGUCCCUUUCCUUUUCUGUCUACUUGAUAAUGUAAAUAUUUAGUUUACUUCAAUUAUUUGCAGCUACUAUGGAAUUAUGUUGCAUUUUACCUCCUUUGUUUUCUUAUGAAACGUCUGUUAUCUCGUAUUCAUAAUUAUAAUCGAUAUUCUUUUGACCUAGUCAUAUCUUUAUCAUGUCAAAUUAAUAUUUGUAUUUACUGUUUUAAAAUUUUAUCGUUUUUACUCAUCAAACCAUUUUCAAUUGAGGCUCUUACCAUUAUAAUUCAUUUCGUCAUUUAUCUUGUUGAAUAUUGUAACAUUCCAUUGGUACUUACGUAAUAUAUGUUUUACUUCUGAUGUUCUGAAUUAUUGUAUAAAUUUUGCUCAUUUUCUUUUUCUAAAUGGUACAAUUUCACAGAAUAGAAUUUAUUAUAUUUGUUGUAAAUUACCAAAUAAUAUAGUGACGUUAUUUUUAUUUUGGCGCAGUUAUGUUAUAGAGUGGAGAUAUCAGAAUUAUGUGUAAAUCUAUUUAUUUUACCGUACCUCGUAUGUACUUAAUGUUAUUUAAAUAAUGAAGAUAU